UUCCUGGCGGCAGUUUCGUACCGUCUACGUCUAGUCGAGCGGUUAGGACAAUUUUAACAAAAUAGUACGUUUAUACAAGAGCAUUUGUAAAUAAAAACAAAGCGGACAAAACAGGAGGCGGCGAGAAACAACAAAGAUGAGUGGUGAUAAUAAAGACGGGUCCUCAGAUGUUGAUUCUGUGGCAAAGACUAACGGCCAGCCUGAGGCAGCAGCUAUUGAUGGGGUGACACCAACACGAUUAUUAAAAAUGAAGGACAUCAUGGAAAACCAGUGUUUUGAGAUGAAUGUUAAAGUCAGCAUGGGGAAGCACAAGGGCUCAUGUGAAGAACAUGCAGAUCAAUCCAAAUAUGAAAGUGAAAUAGAGCAGGCAAGGCUCUCAUACUUCAACAAAACACUGGUAUUAAACAGAAUGCAGAUUUGGAACGUCCUCAUUGAUAAGAUCAUUCAGAAUGAUGCAGACGCAGAAUCACUGAAGGCUCUGACUGAUCAAAACACAGAGUUAUGUGAACAGACCCUGAAGAUUAUAAAGGAAACACGAGAACUUCAGGACCAGAUCACAGAUAUACAGAAGGAACGACUUGAACUAAAAGAGCAGAUAAAGAAAAAAAUGCAAGAGAUAAAUGAGUGGAAGCAGGUAAAGGAAAAUCUGGGAGAAGUUCAACAGAGAGCCAAAGAGCGAGCUGAAGCGGUGCUGGAGAAAUACCAGAAGGUCACAACCAUUUUACAGAACGUGCUGCGGGGAAUUAUUCUUGCCAGUAAAGUGAACUGGAGAGAUGACCCUAAAUUAAAAGACGUUGUGAUGGGACUGGAAAACAUACCUAACUGAAGAGGACUUAUGUAAACCACAGUUCUUCAACCACUGUAAAUACUGUAAAUAACAAAUGCUGUGUAAGACAUGCUGUUUAAUGUGCCAGCUUGAGCCAGAAAUGUCCAUUCGAGCAGCAAAAAACAUGAUCUUGUACAGUUAUGUGAAAAUGUAGUUUUCCAAACCUUGCCAUACAGUUCCUUCUCCAAAACCGUGCAUUUUAAAGGUUUUUAUAUUGUUUUAUAAGGUCUAAUAGAAUCUUUAUUAAAGUUGUACAAUGUCAAGACUAAUGAACUGACUGCUUAAUU